CAACAGUCUACAUCAUCCUUCAGAUUUGCUCAUAGUCUACCCAAACUGUUCAGAGCAUCAACACACUUUGCGAAUGGACCCAAAGCCUCAGCCCGUCCAGCUCCCUCGGCAACCUCUUCCAUCUCCCUCCCUCGCCAGCGCAUCCGCGCGCUGGCAGGCUGUGGUUAAGCGCGAUCCCACUGCUACCGCUUUUGUUUACGCGGUAUUGACUACCAAGAUUUAUUGUCGCGCCUCCUGUCCUGGCCGUCUCGCGCGGCGAGCCAACGUGCGCUUCUACGAUCUGCCCUCGCAGGCCCAGAAGGCAGGAUUCCGCGCGUGCAAGCGCUGCAGGCCUGAAUCUCUUCAGUCUGAUGGGUGCAGUCCUAGUGCCCAGGUUCAACUCGUACAGCGAGCGUGUCAGACGAUUUCUUCAACCGUCCAGUUGGGGUCGAAGCCUACGCUGCGCAUUCUUGCGGCUGAGGCUGGGCUCACGUCGAGUCACUUCCAUCGCGUCUUCAAGAAGGUUAUGGGCGUCACGCCGGGGCAGUAUGUUGUUGAGAUGACACAGGCGGUGGGGGAUGGUGGGGGAACGGUGCCGAGGACAGCCCGGGGUGGCUUGGAGAUCAAUGAGAUCAGUCAUAGCGCUGCUGGUAAGGGGGUCGAGGAAGAACUGGUCCCACCGUGGAAUGAUUUUGAUGCAUUAAUUGCCGCUGAGGCUGGUUUCGUUUCUAUGCAGGAGGUGCAGCCACUGGAUGAACUGCAUGCUUGGCAUGGAAUUGACCCAUUGCAUCCCGCUGCUGCUGACAUUAGAUGA